CCUCAAUUUGACUUCAGUCGUUGAUAUUAAGGCGGGAAAUUUUACACCAUAUAGGAGAGGUAGGGGAAGGUAUCAAAAGACAAAGCCUUUCUUUGUAUUUGUUUGUUAACGAAAAAAGAUUUGUGCUGUGUUCGAAGGUAAGUAUAAAUUUUCAGGGAUGUAUAAAAACAGUACUCGCAACACAGCAAAUUUUGAAAGUGGAUUUUAAGGAGAGAACUUUCCCUAUUUUCCACUACUAAUUUUUUUCCAUGUGUAUCCCGUUGGUGGGUCGAUUAGUGCGACCCUAACAUGGUGAAGAAAGCCUGCACGAAAGAUCGCGCGUAGCCUCCUUCAAGGAGUUUGGCACUCUUCCCUACCCACUGGGGGAUGGACUGUCUCGUGACCCCGCUAUGGUUUCGGGUGUCACGCAGGGGUCAAUACCAUUGAUGAAUUUGCAUACCGUAUUUGCACAGCGAUGCAGUUGUGUUUGUGUUUUUCUUCGGUCCAUCCAAGGUUUAGAUUCUGCGGCUGCUGUGCUUAAUAGCUUUAUAGUUCCUGAUUCAACUCAGCGAAAGAUCUUCUUUCAAAUCGUACUUGAAAGUUGUUAAUUGAAAUUGCCAUUCAUCUUGGACAACUUCGGCAGCGUACUCACAACUGGGAGCGGUUUAUAAUUAUUUGCUGUCCGACCUGGAGUGCAACAGCUGUGAAGGCGAGGAAAAGACUUAAAUCGAGUUCACUGCGGAUUAUACCUUUGUUUGGUUUUUCAAUAUAUUACAUGAAGGCAUUCGGGGAGAUUUUCCGCUGUCUGGAUUAAUAUUGGCCCGGUGUAUUGAGUUGUAACCAUGAGGGUCACUUUCUGUAGUCCACCACUCCUGUUACUGUUCGCGAUCACUUUCGAAGUAUCGCUGCUUGCCGGGGGAUCUUUAGAUAACGAUAUUGUGAAGAAUUGGUCUGCACAUGUGGAGGGCUACCUUCUGAAACUCGCCGAAGAAGGCUUGAAAACUCGCGAGCUUCAGAAGUUGUACGACAGCGCGAAUUACACAGUGGAGGAAAAGAGUGGAUUUGAUACAAUCAACUCCGUAAAAUCACGGCUUGGGAAUUACUUUGUCAAAAAGGAAAAUACGGCAAGGAAAGUUGCUGAGGCAGUGGCUAAAUUUCAUGAUGAGUUUUACACCAAUAAAACUUUACAAGAAAUGGCCAAAGUUUCCACACUGCACCAGCUUGGGUUACAACAUUAUACAGACUCAGAUUUAUUAGAUACUUUACCCAAAGACUUGGAGUUCAACACGUUGUUCAAGCAGAAAGUCAGUAUAAGUAAGAGUUCUGUGAAGAUCUCUGAUCAGGUUGACAGGAAUAACCCGAAGUUAAUUGAAGCUGUCUUUUGGUCAUCUCUGCUGGAUAAUGUGUUCAAGGAGAAUUUAGAGAAUGAUCCAGAGCUUAGGUGGCAGAAUUUUGGUUCAAUCGAGGGUUUCCUCAGAGUGUACCCAAGCCGUGAAUGGUCCUUAAAUUUUGCUGGCUUCCACAUUGACUAUGAUCCCAGGCUGAGGCCCUGGUAUAUUGGUGCCACAUCAGGCCCUAAAGACAUUGUCAUCAUUCUGGACUGCAGCUUGUCAAUGGAAGGAAAGAAAUUCCACAUGGCAAAACAAGUGGCCAAGACAGUCUUGAAUACACUGACAAAGCAAGACUUUGUCAAUGUCAUAUGUGGCCAUGAGAGCCACUGGGAUGAAGUUGGGAAGUGGUUUGAGUAUAAAACUGAAGUGCUUAGCUGUCAGCAGAACCGGCUUGUACCAGCAUCCACUUCUCACAGGAAGGACUUGAUUGAAAAGAUUGAUAACCUGAAGGCUGGAGGAACAAGUGAACUCAAAAAAGCGUUCAAGUUGGCUUUUGAACUCCUUCAAGGAGGUGCCAGAACCGGCUGUCAGAGUAUCAUCGUGUUUGCUACAGAUGGAGUGGACAAUGAUGGGGACCCUGUGCGCUGUGGCCCAGGAUCCUACACCAGAAGUGGUUACGUGCCAGGGAAGACCUGCAAAUAUGACUGGAAUGACGUGUGGGAUGAAGUGACGGCCAGAAACAGAUACAUGAAUCCCAGGGCUCGAAUCUUCUCGUACCUUACCGCGGAUGAUGGUGAAGAAUUACCAGGAAAGCUGUCUUGCGACAACCAGGGCUAUAUGAAGAAAUUAACUGAUGAAGAAAACAUCAUCUCUCAGAUGCAGGAUUACUACAGUUUCUUAGCGUCCAAUACAAUCAGUAUCAGCAAUCUCACGUGGACUUCUCCCUACCUGGACGCGUCGGGCCUGGGACUCAUGGUCACUGUAGCCAUGCCUGUUAUCAGCAAAGUCACGAACAAGACAAUAGGCGUGGUUGGUAUUGACGCCACCUUGGAGGAAAUUGAGAACAUCUUGUUAAACGACCAGUGGGGUUCUGUGUACGCUUUCCUGGUGAAUGAAGGAGGAGAGACAAUCUUUCACCCGCUGCUGCGACCUAGUACCGAGCUCGUAGAUGAUCCAAUCUUCAUUCCAAUAAGCACCCUUGAACAACGCAACGGUAAACCAGUGAAGUUCAACUCGGUCGCCAAGGCCAUGAUGGAUGGCGAAACAGGCUCUCUUAGGAUCGAAGAAGCCAUCAGGAGCAUUCCAAAGGGAGAUUUUCAGGAUGGCGUGAUGCUUGUCACGCUACCUUCCACUUAUUACUACACGUCAAUCAAAGACUCCGAGUAUGUGUUUGCUUUCAACCUCGCAGACUCGGAUAAAAAUUACCGCAGACCAGCAUCGCCGCCACCCGGAUCGCAAAUCCCUGCUAGUUACUACGCUAACAUCGAGUCUUACAACUCCUCUGAAGUAAAGCGGGUGUUCGGUGACCUGUAUACAGACCUUAAUGUACAGUACAAUUUGUCUUUUUACCCCGAUCUUCCCGUGACGUUUAACGCUUCCACAGUGAUGCUGGGCCCGAAGACCUACUGCCAUCCCAACACCUUUCUGUUCCGAGAAAACAACAGUGAUAUCACGAUUGAGGCGCAUCGAUUCCUGAACGGAAAAGGCGAUAAUAUUGGUUGCCCUCAAGGGCGAUUUCGGACCUCUGUCAGACCUGAUGUAGAGAUCACGUCGUUGAUAGAGGACAUUUGGAAGAAUAAUCGUUCGAGCGAGAUUUUGAAGGACGUACCCUGGACGUACAUAGGGACACGGAGUGGCGUCUUCCGCUCUUACCCAGGCCACCGCUCUCGAAGGAACUUCGAUCCAACCAAGCGUCCGUGGUAUCAUCGUGCUCUUGUGAACCCAGCUAAAGCAGCAGUGUCGAACGCAUACAUGGAUGCUAAUGGAAUUGGAAAAGUGAUCACCAUUUCAGAAGCUGUUUUCCAGGCUCUUCCUAAAGUCACGUCCAAUAUCAGUUGUGGAAGCCUGGAAAAUCUUCUGGGAGGAUGCCCUUGUACUAGGCACGCUCAGUGUAUUUCAGGCAAAUGUCGUGUAUACGCUGGAAAUCGUUCCUUGUGUGCUGGGGAUCGCGUGGAGGCAGUUACAGCUCUAGAUAUCUUGUACAAUGACUUCCAUCAUCGGGUAUACGGGCUUCUCAAUAGCUCAGGGGAGGCCAAAUCCUGUGGAAUGAAUUACACGUGCCCUGAUGGCGAACAUCUGUGUCAAACAAGAUGCUACUUAGUGGACAAUUUGGCCAAUUUGGUCACAGACCCAGACUUCCUCAGCGUUAGCACUACAGACGCGCGGGAAUAUGAACGAGUGAGCCUGGGACGAAAAGAGGGCGACAUAAUGAAACUGUUGAUCACAAAGCAUAAGUUCUUUGUUCCGAAUCAACGGGUUGAUUUCCAGGGAAUAUGCAGUGUGUCUCCCUAUGCACCGAAAGUGACACUAGAAGGUAUCGUGAAGACCCCGGAGCAGGAAGAUGAUUACUACAAGAACAGAGGACCAAUCCCGCCGUUUAGGAACGAGUAUGGCUGCAUUCAAGACGUUGUGGGGUACACUUCGGACGAUUCGGUCCUUGGGCCCGAUGGCAUCAUUGCUGACUCAGUGGAUGGACCUUGUCGAUCCGGGAACUUCUUUCUCUCAGCUCUCCCCAAGACCAAUCUCUAUCUGCUGGUGAUAGAGAACUGGAAUGAGUACCGACAGUCGUAUUUCUACAACUUCAACUGCCACAUCAGUAACAGAGUCUUCGACGCAGGCGCAUUCCGCAUCGUGAACGGCACAUGCGCGCACAUUGACACCCAAACAAGUCUCAAGAAGAAAGAGAAGUGUCCUGCUCUGAAAAACGUGCAUAUAAAGUGUAGUUACAAUAUAGCUACUGCUUUAACAAUACCCAAUCUUCUACAGCUCUUGGUGGCUACCUUAAUUGUCAUUUCGAAAUGGAGAUGAUUUUUGUCAAGCUGAAUUUAUCGUUUUUUUCUAUGAAAAAUUAGUCUAUUUUUGAUUUUCAAAUCUAUGUUCAAAUGAACGUUCAAUAUUGAGUUGACUGCUGGCUUUUUAUACAUUUGUGUGCAUUAAAAAAUAUAUAUAACUUGUUUAGGAAUACCACCCCAAAAUUACAAUUGACAUGUGUAGUCAAUUUCCUAUGGUUUUACUGCAAAAUGGUCCGGGAGAUGCUAUAGUGUUAUAGUGUACAAACCGAUUUACAUGUAGAAAUUAUUGGUUGAUCAUUCUAGAAAGGGGUGAGGGUUGCUUUCUAAAUCAGUAAGUUUUAAAGGAGUAAUGCGGUGUUAAGCCAUUGAAAUCUAAUGAAUGUAUGUUUAUACAUGUCAAGUGACUGCAAAAUCAAAUUCACUUUUUUCUCUGUGAUUUCUUUGCAACUCCACAUCGGUCAGCGUCGUGUCCGUUUGUUGUCAUCUGUUCGUCUAUUGCACAACCUAACUACCUUCACCCUUUUUUAAUGUAUUGAUCAAUUUAGCAACUAUUUUGAUGCAAUCAGCAUUGCUGUACACGCAAAGUAGCAAUGCUGGCGAUCAAAUGUAUGAUAAACCUUUAGAGAAUUGAUGAGAUGAAGACUGGCAACAACAAGCCAAGCAACAAAGCCUGAUUUGGGUUUUGACCAAAUUUGGUAUUGUUAGAACCCAGGUUCCUCUCAUCUUGGCACUGUUCUUGCCAUGCG